UUUUCGAACGCGCGGCUUUAGUUUCGGAUCCGUGCGCCUUGAAAAAUAUCAAGGAAUAUCAGAGAAAGCCAUGGAUAACGCGGAGUGAACAAGAAACCAAGCGAUAACCCCUUGAAAAUACUCAAAUUCGGCUAUGUUUUUUUUCGGAUCGCUGAUGAUAAAUGUAUAGAUGCAACUAGCGCAGAACGCCUUAGAGUGAAGCCUUGAGGAAAUGCCACCAGCUCGCAGCUGAGUUGCAUUCGUGUUCGCGUGCGAAAGUGUGGGUGUGCACUGUUAUUUGGGUCAAAAGCUGCAACAGCCGCAGCAGCAGUAGCAGCAGCAGCAGUAGCACCAGUGGCAGUUGCAGUAGCAGUAGCAAUUGCAGUAGCAGCAGCAGCAGCGCAAGGUUCCCGUUCGCAGGUUGCUGGCUUGUCCACCUGUUAUGCAGCUGGCCUAGGAUCGGAUUGGAUUGGAUCCCCACACUCGCGUCCCGCAUCCUAGUUUCGCAAUGGAGGCGAAGGUGCACCGCCAGCAUCAACGGCAUCGCCGCACGGAGGCGCGUCAGCGGCGCUUGGAACGGGAGGCGGCAGCGACGGGCGCCCCGCCACCGCCCACCACCCCCGAGCGGGCGGAGGCGCUCGACUGUGCGACGGCCCUCAACGAGGGCGUGGCCGCGGAUCAGGGCGGCAGCGGCGGCACGCCCAGCAGCGCCGGUCGCAUCAGUGCCCAGAGUUCGGCGGACAGCAUCGAAAUGGUCGGUUCGCCCAGCCAGACGUCGCAGCAAACGGUGGUCCUGGUCAACGGCCACGCCCCGCCGAGCAACCAGGGAGGCGGGGAGGAGGAGGGGGCCGAGGAGGAGUCGCCGCUGGGCGGCGGCCAGCCCGCGCAGCAGCCCAAGCAGAGCGACGGCAGCCGCAACUCCUCCGGCGAUGCGAUGAGCCUGCGGGAGACGCUGCAGCAGCUGCCGGCCACCCAUCACCACCACCACCACCACCAUCGAUCGCGACGCAACCACUCGCCGGCCGAUCCGGACGCGUCCUUCCAUCGCGGCAUCCUGGGGUACAUGGAUCGCGAACUCAAGCAGAGCUCGCCCACGCCCUCCGCCCCCGCGGCAACCGGAAGUGGCAAUGGAAACGGAAAUGGGAAUGGCAAUGGGAAUGGGAAUGGUAAUGGGACGGGUGCCUCGAGGAAACAGCAAUCGCUGUCCGAUCCGCAGGCGAGUCCCGCCCAGCGAUCCCUGCGCUCGCGGAGCAGCUUCGACAAGAGUCCGCGGCGGAAGCGCAGCAAGUCGGAGUCGAGGAGGCGCCGCGAACGGAAGUUGAUUGCCGCCGGGGAGAUGGAGGUGCGGCAGGCCAACGAGACCCUGAUGCGGUACCUCAAGCAGUGCUCCGACAUGCACGACGCCUCCCUCUCCGGCGAGCUGGAGAUCGACCAGAGCCUCGAGGAGCGCCGCGUCCACCGGAAGACCAAGUCGCAAAGGGACAAGCGGGGCCAGCUAAUCAGCAAACUCUAUUCGGCUGGCGGCAUAUCCUCGAUUCUAAAGGAGCUGGCCGACGACAUUGCUCCCGCCGAGGGCGAGGAGAUCUACAACCCAUUCACGCCGGUCGUCUCGCCCACGGACGAUGCGCCCGCGCACAUCGACAAGAUGUUCCUGCAGACCUCGUCGGGAUACCGACCCGUGGAGCACAGCUACUACAAGCGCUCCUUCCUGGGGGCCGCUGUCCGCGGAUCCGCUGGCAUUUCCCCAUCCGCCGCCGGAGGAAGCGGAGGAGCAGGCGGCGGCGGGGGACGCCUCGAUGGCAUCUCUGCCGCGGAGUUGGGGGGCGCCGGUCGCCUCUUCCGCUCUAGCGGCAGCCACGCCCACAGAGUCGCCGGAAUGGGUGGCAAUGGUGGCGGCUCGGGAAGUGGGCGUGGCAGCUACGGCGAUACCCACUGUCUGCUCGACGCCGAUUUUAAUCGCAAUGGCAUCACCAGCAACAUACAACUAGCCUGUGUAGUUCAACGAAUCUGGCUGCUCGUCUCGAACAUUUGCCACGGCCUGCUAGCCGGUCUAGCUCUGGCCCACCUCCUCUUCGUGCUGAGCAGCCACCCCCUGGACUGGGCCAAGGUCAUCGAUGGCAUGAGUCUCGCUGGCGAGACGAUGUCCUCCACCGUUGCACCCCCAUCCGCAUCGACGCCUCCUCCGAUGGAGCUCGUUCCCGGCGAUCGGGGUUCUGAGUCGCUCGGAUCCUCAGCUGAAUCUGCAUCUGCAUCCGCAUCCGCAUCCGCAUCCGGUUCGGCAUCCGCAAGUGGAGCCAGCGAAGCCCUGGCGCUGAUAAGUGACUACGCUGGCUUCGCGGAGAUCUACUUGAACACCUUCUACUGCUUGGCCAUCAUCUGUCUGGUUUCCGUAUUCGAUCGCAUGGACAUCUGCCGCUGGAGCUUCUCGAAUGCCAGCGAACUGAUCUCGUUCCGCUGGCUCAUCAUCACCAUGAUCUACGUGGCGACAAUAAUCCUGACAAUUUGCUCCGACUCCAUCGACGAGAAGCUCUACCUGUUCAACAACAACGCCAACAUAACGCUGACCCAACAGGAGAUGCUGAGCAACAGUGUGCAGAGCGUUUGGAGCAGCUUGUCGGUCACCAGGAGUAUCGCCGCCAUAUCCGGAUGGAUUAUGAUCGGACUGACGCCGCAGGAGGAUAUGCUAUACGAGCACCUGGUGGAUCUAACCAAAUAUCAGUUGACAAAUAAUUGAAAUUAAGACGGACCUGACAUUGCGUCAAGUUGUAAAUAGUUUUGUAGUGAACUCUUUGCAGGUGUUGUUCAGUUACUGGCUUUUUAUAUGUAUGGCAUAUUUGAAACGCAAUAGGACUCUUAUGUAUACCCAGAUCUUAAGCUUUAAAGUCGUCUCCUGAGGAUCCGCAUUGAUCGAUGCCCUUCACAGGCCGCUAGAACAAACCAACCAACCCCAAGGAGAAACCCAAUUAUAUAUGACAACCGAAACAACAAGAACUUGUGGUUAACCUUUGAGUUAGUUAAUCGAGCAAAUAGCAAACGCAGGCUAAAGAUACAAUAUAGAAAGGGAAAUUUAUGGAAAACCUAUAUUUACCACUAGACGUAUCCAAGUACUUAGGCAUGUAUACAUUAUGUUACCUAUAUAGAUAUAUAUACACGUAGCUGAUAUACAUAUAUACGCGAAUAUUGAAGUAUUUACAAUACUUGAAAUAAUUUUCUAACACAUAUCGUCUAGUAAAAGAAAAUCCUUUGUUGAUUCAUCGUUGCGGCAACUUUACACCAAAAAGGCUUCCCAAAAUAAACUCAUCACUCGGUUAAUGUUGACGAUCGAGUAUGUUGAUAAUUUAAGCAGAUACCAUUUGUAAAAAGUUUUGAUGAGCACCAAACGAGUGUGUGUACAUAGAAAUAUAUAAAAGAUACUUACACAGAGAAUUAUAUACCUUAAUAUUAAUCCAGUAUAUGAGUACUACAGGCUUAAAUGAUAUUAAGUUCCUUAAUCACUUUCUUUGUUGCCUUCUUGUUUUGUAAUUAAUAUGUAAUAUGUUACAUUUGCUUUCAUACAGAGCAAUUAAAAGGACAAUUUAAAAUUUUACCUGAGCUGUACAUACAACCGAGUGCAAUAAAAUAACGAAUAUUAAAGUUUUAUUAUACACUAACCAAUAUACAAAGACAAAUGUAAUGAAAAUAUAUAGAAAACGAGCUAACGAUCCGAUCAAGGGAAUGACAAAGAAAUCUCAUUGUGAACUUGUAUAUAAAAACAUAAACGCAAAUAAACAAAAAUAAUGUAUAAUGGCAAGAAAA